CCCCGUUUAUUGUUAUUGUUUUGCCCCCCUCGUUGAGUAAUGGGCCUAUCCUGUCCUUCAUCUUCCUCUUGCUUCUAAUAUAUUUGUAGAAUGUUCUCUUGUCACCCUUUGUCUCUAGUUAGUUUAAUCUUGCUUUCCUAAUUUUCCUAAUUCCUUACAUGCUUGUGUUAUUUGUUUAUAUUCAUGCUUUGUAAUUUGACCUAGUUUCCAGUUUUUGUAGGACUCUUUUCUGAGUUUUGGAUAAUUGAAGAUCUCCUGGUGAAGCCAGGGUGGUCUCUUGCCAUACUUCCUAUCUGUCCUACACAUCGGAGUAUCUGAAGAUCCACAGGGCUUCAAUAGUCACAGACUCCUUGUGUCCCCUGCCUUGGCCUGGCUGGUUCCCUCCCCUGAGGUUCUCUGGCCUUCUGCAGUGUUGUGACAAGCGGCUUAUUAUCUGUUCUCUGACCAAGUAAUCAAUUCCCCAUGUUUGGGGAUUCCUAAAUUUAUUCCAGGAGACACACAGCAUGUUUCCCUCCAGUCAUUAGGCUUUCCCAUGGGGUCUUCAUGAACAUUUUCCCAUCUUUGAGGAUGAAAUGUCCCUCCUGCAAAGAAAGAGGCUGGAUGGGACCGGGCAGGAUGUUCUCUCUGGGAAAGGGUCAAUGGAGCUAUAACAAACUCUGAUAAUCACACCUUUCCAUCCUAUGAGCAGGACCCCCCGCCCCCCGAACACCUCACUAGUGCUCAUUUCCCACAUGGACCAAAGGGGAGAACCCAGUGCCCCAGACUCUCAAGAUUCUUCAGAAAAGGAGACACUGAGCGAUUCCCACAUAGAUGAGGAAUAAGUCAAACCAAACCCCAAAACUUCCAAUGCCCCUUUAAGCUCUCCAACCCCUGCCUCUUCUCAGCUCAGUUAGAAAAAUAGCCAGCAGGUGUCAUACCCUCAUGGUAGACGUCACUUAUGGCCUCUCAUCCAUCCUGACUGGACCAGCCAGUAGUGACCUCUCCUCCACGUUCAGAUGGGCUGAGGAGGCAGAAUUGGUCCCUCUGCUCCUUCUCCUUUGCUGGCUGGGUAUUGAGCUUAUCAGCUGGUUUGGUUUGGUUUGUUUUACCCGUAUUUGCCAUUCACCUUUGCAGCACAGGGAAUGACUCACGUCUGGAUUCAGAAGGGAGCUGAUGGGUUCAGAAAGGAGAAUGAAGAUGACAGACCUCAGCAGGAAAGUCCUGAGCGAAUGGAACUGCAGGGGAUGUUAUCAGGAAGCGCCAAAGGGGACCUUUCCCAGAAUCAUGAAAAGGAAAAAGCCAGUGAGAGUCAGUCCUAUAAAUGCCCUGACUGUGGGAAAAGCUUCCACUGGAGCUCACGCCUUGCCAUUCAUCGGCGAAUGCACACAGGAGAGAAGCCACAUAAGUGUGCCGACUGCGGGAAAGGCUUCAAUUGGCGGGCACAGCUUGUCACACAUCGGAGAUGCCACACGAGAGAGAAACCCUUUACAUGCGAAGACUGCGGGAAAAGCUUCAUGCGGAGCUCCAUCCUUACUGAACACAAGAGAAUACACACGGGAGAGACACCUUACAAAUGUGACUAUUGCAGGAAAAGAUUUGCCUGGAGCUCAGCCCUCGCUGUACACAGGAAAAUCCACGUGGAAGGGGAACCCUAUCGAUGUAAAGAUUGUGGGAAAAGCUUCUGCGUGAGCUCAGAUCUUAGCAAACAUAGAAGAGUGCACACGGGAGAGAGACCCUAUAAAUGCCCCGACUGUGGGAAGAGCUUCAGAGUGAGCUCAAACUUCACGGCACAUCGGAGGAUCCACACCGGAGAGAGACCCUAUAAAUGCCCCAAAUGUGAGCAAAGCUUCCGGCAGAGCUCCACCCUGCUUAAACAUCAGAGACUACACUUGCAAGAGAGGCCCUAUAAAUGCCCUGAGUGCGGGCAAAGCUUCUGUGUCAGCUCAGCCCUGACUGUUCAUCGGAGGAUCCACACAGGAGAGAGACCUUACAGAUGCAAAGGCUGUGGGAAAAGCUUCAGGAACAGCUCAUCCCUUAUCACCCACCAGAGGAUCCACACGGGAGAGAAACCCUAUAAAUGCCCCGACUGUGGGAGGAGAUUCAGCCAGCGCUCAGCCCUGUCUGCGCACAGGAGCAUCCACACAGGAGAGAGACCCUAUAAAUGUGACUGUGGGGAAAGCUUCGUUGUGAGUGCUGACCUUCUCAAGCAUCAGAGAAUCCACACGGGAGAGAAACUCUACAAUUGCAAAGACUGUGGGAAAAGCUUCUGUCGGAGCACCAACCUUGCUGCCCACAGGAGGAUCCACAGGGGAGAGAAACCUUAUAAAUGCCCCGACUGUGGGAAAAGCUUCACGGGUAGCUCAACCCUUAUUACGCAUCAGAGACUGCACACGGGAGAGAGACCCUAUAACUGCUCUGAUUGCGGGAAAAGGUUCAGUCAGAGCUCAGCCCUUACUAAGCAUCGGAGAAUCCACACGGGAGAAAGACCCUAUAACUGUUCUGACUGUGGGAAAAGCUUCACCAACAGCUCCCAUCUUAUUAGACAUCAGACAACCCACACUGGAGAGAGACCCUAUAAAUGCCCGGAAUGAGGGAAAAGAUUCAGGCAGAGCUCAGCCCUUGUGAAACAUCGGAGACUCCACAUGGGAAACACUGGAAAUGUCGACCUUACAGAGAGUGCUCAGACCACCAGUGAAGAGGAGUGGGCUCUGCUGGACCCGGGUCAGAGAGCUCUGUACAGGGACGUCAUGCAGGAGAAUUAUGAGAAUGUGACCUCGCUGGCAGGAUUUCCGAUUCCCAAACCUGAAGUGAUCUCCCAGCUGGAACGGGGAGAAGAACCGUGGCUCACGGAUCUCGAGGGCUCAGAGGAAAGGGGAAUCCUGAGAUAUAGCCACGCAGCUGAUGGGAUCAAGAUUGAGCAUGAAGAGGUAAAUCCUCGGCUGGGAGGUCCUGAGCAAGUGGAACAGCAUGGGACACUAUUAGGAAGAUCCAAAGGAAACAUCUGUUGGAGUGUUGGGCAAGGAAAAACCUGUGAGAGUCAGUGUAGCACAGAGAGGCUGCUGGGAAACCAGCCGGUGAAGAAAGUGGAUAAAUCCACUAAUUGUGGGAGAGGUCUGAAGCACCUCAAGAAAACCAGAGUCCAGAGGAUCCACCUGGGAGAGAGACCAAGCACAUGCAGUGAGUGUGGGAAAAGCUUCAGUAGUCAUUCACACCUUCUUAUACAUCAAAGAAUCCACACAGGAGAAAAGCCCUAUAAAUGCCCCCAGUGUGGGAAGAGCUUCAACCAGAGCCCAAACCUGGUUACACAUCUAAGAAUCCACACUGGAGAGCGACCCUAUAAAUGCCAGGAAUGCGGGAAAAGCUUCACUGCAAACUCCACCUUUAUUAAACACCAGAGAAUCCACACAGGAGAAAAACCCUAUAAAUGCCCCGACUGCGGGAGAAGCUUCAAUCAAAGCUCAGACCUUAUUAGACAUCAGAGACUCCAUACGGGAGAGAAGCCCUUUAGCUGCCCCGACUGUGGGAAAAAAUCUAGUGACAGCUCAGCCCUUAUUGUACAUCAGAGAAUCCACACGGGAGAGAGACCCUAUCGAUGCCCUGUCUGUGGAAAAGGCUUCACUUGCUCUUCUCACCUGAUAACGCAUCAGAGAACCCACACGGGAGAAAAACCAUAUAAAUGUCCUUACUGUAGGCAAAGGUGUCGUGUAAAAUCAGCCCUUAUUAUACACCAGAGAAUCCACACAGGAGAGAGACCCUAUAAGUGCCCUGACUGUGGGAAGACCUUCAGCAGCCGUUCACAUCUUAAUUCUCAUCAGAGAAUCCACAAGAGAGAAAUGCCUUGUAAAAACCCUGAGUGUGGGAAAAGCUGCACAGAAAGCUCACCCCUUAUUAUGCAUUAGGAGGAGAACUGAAUAAUUGCCCUGACUAAGGCUAGCUAAGAACUUGUCAACACCUGAAAUAUAUUUUGUAUUAUGUUUGUCCACUUUAAUCUGGAAUAACUAUUCUGAAAGCAGUACUACCACACUGCUUUGUUAUGCCGGUUUAAGAUCCUCCCCUUUUGAAUAAUUGAAUCCACACAGUGCUGCAUUCUGGGCAGAUGUACCAUGCUACUAUGUUCUGCCGCUUGGCUCUGUGUAUUCUGGGUUUUUCUCCUGGUGCAUUGUGGGAUAGCGACCCAAAGCCACUGGAAUUCUUGGACUUGGGGUCAAACUAACACAUUUCAGGAUUACUCUCGUGUCGUCCCAUCAUUCAUCUGGCUUUUGUGAGCCAGCACCAUUUUCAAGCCUCUGGCAGGCAUCAUGAAGGGAACAUGUGAUCCUGACACUCAUACAUGAACAGGCUGAUGCACAGGUAUUGGCAGUCAAGCAGCCGGGUGGGUGCCUUUGGAUGCCUUGAGAGACAGCCAUGGUGGUGCUGCACCAAUAUGGGUGACGCAAAUAGAAGAGGAGGAGGACAAAAGCAAAUAGUUACUUCUGCAAGACCAUUUUCUGGAACAUUUCCUCAGUGGACUUUCUCUGGGCUUGAACAGCAAGCAGUGACUUGUGGGACAGGAUAGUCAUGCAGACCAAGGAUGACUAGCAAUGGUGGCAGAACUUCAGAAUGACAAAGGCCCCGUACCUAGAAUACUGUGCAGAGCUGGCCCAUGAGCAGAAGUGGCAGGGCACCAAUUGGAGAGUUCCCUUCAGCAUAAAGUGUUGUGGUCUUCACUGUCUGGAAGCUUGCUACUCUCCCAGUGGCUUCUGGGCAACAGCUAACCAGUUUGGUGUUGGUAAAUCAACUGUUGGGGCUCUCAUAGAAUCAGAAUUGUAGGACUGGAAGGGACCUCAGGAAGUCGUCUUAGUCUAACCUGCUCUUAAAAACCUCCAGUGAUGGCAUUUCCAUGUGCUACUAUUCAGAGAGUGCUGCUAGCCCAGAUCUUAAAAUUUGGCAGUUCACAGGAAGUUAUUGAAUAAUUUGAAAGGCUGGGGCUCCUGAAUUGUAUUGGGGCCACUAAUGGUACCCAUAUGUGUAUUGUUUGCCUCCCUGUACCAGAUCUCAGAGUUCGUCAACAGGAAAGCAUAUUUGGGCACGGUGCUGCAAGGCCUGGUUGAUCACUGUGGGAAUGUUCGACCAGCGUUAAUGUGGGGUGGUCUGGAAAGUUCCACGAUGCCAAUGUUGUUUGACACUCAGGCCUUCUUUUCGGCAAUGAGGCUAGAAUUGGUGCCAGGUGCUGCUACAGACGU